GCAAAAACGUUGAGGUGAAUCGUGCACGUAAGUCAUUAUUUUUAUUUGUUGCUCCACGCAGGAUAUUUAAAUUGACUGGUAUUCAACCAACAAUAGCAACAUUUCUUUCUUCGCCACGUAUACGCAGACACACACAUACAAACACACACAGGCACCCACAUCCGAGAAAGAAGUAGAAAGAUAUUUGAUUGCAGCAGAGCAGUGGAAGUGCACUCAUUUACAGUUUUUGCCUUGUUCGUCUUUCAUUGAACUACGACGUUUUGUCUCCGCCCCCGGCGUAUCUCAAAGGUGCUGACUCGUUGUUUCUCUACUGUUGACAUUUGAUUUCUUGCGCGCACAAGUGUGACCUAAGUUUGAAAGGUUUCCCCACUCGUAACUUAAUUGUUGUGCGUGGAGUAGCAGAGUGUUAAUUCAGUGCAGUGUUGAACAAGCCCACACAAGAUACUUUUGCCAGAAUUGGACACUGCUGGCGAGAGCGUAGCGUAGCUUUCCUGUGCCGCGUAACGCGCUCCCCUUCAUUCUCUCCUCCGCGUGUUCCUUUAACUCGCUAGUUGCCGCAAUGAGCAAAUACGUCGCGCCCACAGGGAAGGUUGCCCCUGCGAGCCCGGUGGCUGACAACGGUGUCGCCGAUAUCACAAAGGUGAAGAUCUGUUCAGGCCACACCCGUCCCGUGUGCCACAUCAACUACAGUGAAAUUGUUGAUGGGACCUUCUGGUUUGUGACGUCUUGCCACGAUGCGAAGCCGAUGCUGCGCAACGGCCAGACGGGCGACUGGGUCGGCACCUUUGAGGGCCACAAGGGUGCGGUGUUCUGCUCCGCUUUCAACACCGGUGCCACGCGGCUCGUCACGGGUAGCGGCGACUAUUCAGCGAUGGUGUGGGAUGCCCUCACAGGCAAGAAGCUGCACGCAUGGAGCCACCCCAAGUACAUCAAGUCGUGUGACUGGAUGGAUCAGCGCAUCGCGACGGGCUGCUUUGACGGCAUCAUCCGCAUCUUCGACGCCACGCGCUACGACGCGGAGCCGCUGUCUUUCAGCAGCCCUGAUGCCACGAAUGUGAAGGCGACGUACUUUUUGGAUUCCAAUACGAUGGUCACCGCGUGCGAGAACGUGAUCAUGAAGUGGGAUCUUCGCGACACAUCUGGUCCCUACCUGCGCCGCGAGAUCACUGGAUUGAAUUUUGUGGAGUACACUCACCGCCAUUCGAUAGUCGCGGCUCACGAGAAGAGCAUCAGCUUCAUCGACACGACGUCGCUGGAGAUUAAGAACAGUUUCACGACCAGCGAAGAUGUGGAGUGUGCGUCUCUCUCGCCUGAAGGCCAGCGUGUGGCGGCCGGGUCGAAGCUGAAGGCGAAGGAGUUCACGUUGGACGGCGUAGAGGUAGAGUCUAACCGAGGACAUCACGGCCCCGUGUUCCACAUCCGCUGGGCCCCCGACGGCAACUCCUACGCGUCUGGCGCUGAGGAUGGUAUGGUGCGUGUGUGGCCAUCGCACGAGAUCAUAGAAAAGUAUGACACAGAGGCGUAA